AGGUCGUGCCAGCACUUAUCUGCUCAGAAAUGUCCUACAUUUUGGAAUGAUUACCAACCUGUCAGCAGAUUCAAUUCAAUUUAAACCACACAAGAUACAGCAUGUCAUCAUGGCGGCGGAGGAAAUGGUCCUUCCUGGUUCUUACUCUUCUGCUUUUCUCGAUCGUAAUGGUGAUGAUCAGUCUCCUGCAGCCGGAGCGGGCGAACCGGCUGAAGCGUGAGGCCUGCGGCUGCAGCGUGCGCUCCGACUCUGAGACCUUCACCCGGGUGCCCGGCUCCAGGACGCUGCUCAUCAACGCCUUCGGCGAGCACCGCACGCCCGCGGCGAGCGUCCGCCUGCUGGGCAUCGUGCCCGGCGAGGAGCGCUCCCUGCGGAGCCGCUGCGUGUUCUGUUGCCAAGGGGACGGCGAGAUGGCAACGGCCACGGCGCUGCGCACCACCCACCGAUCCGACUACUUCUUCCCAUACGGGACGGGAGACUUCCUGUGCCUGAUCCCCCCCGGCUGCGAGCCCAGGUUCGUUGGGCUGUUGUCCGGAGACAGCGUGGACUUCACCAACUUCACCCUGCUGCCCGUCCUGAACCGGGCCCCCGUGGAGCGGCCCCGGCUCCCGCUCCGCUUCACUCUGUGCAUCGCCAACAUGUUCAACAGCUACGACAACGUGCUGCAGUUUGUCCAGGCGAUGGAGCUCUACCGACUGCUAGGGAUCCAAAGAGUCAUCGUCUACAAGACCAGCUGCUCCGCUACCAUGGAUACGGUGCUUGAUUACUACUCCCGCAAGACGGGCUUCCUGCAGGUGCGGCCCUGGCCAAUCGACGCCUUCCUGAAGCCAUCCUCCAGCUGGACGCCGUCGCUGGGGCCGGGUCAGAUCCACUACUACGGCCAGAUCCCCUCCAGCAACGACUGUCUGUACAGGAGCAUGUACCAGUCCCGCUACGUCCUCAUGCACGACGCCGACGAGGUCAUACUGCCCGCAGGCAAUGUGUCUUUCCAAACGCUGAUCAGUGACCUGGAAAAAGCCCACGGAGAGAAGGUCAACUUCUACUUCCCCAACAACGUUUUCCCUUACGAAGAAAAGGAGGAGAACAGCAGGUUUGACUUUCCAGAGUGGAGGAACGUUCCUGGCUCCAACUUCCUGGGUCAUGUUCUGAGGGAGCUAGACACGUCGGGCUACAACACGGGGAAGCUUGUGCUGGACCCCCGCGGCGUCCUACAGAUGGAGGUUCACAGCGUCCACGAACACAUCGACGGAGGACGCACCGAGCGGGUCGGCCGAGAGCGCGGCCAGCUGUACCACGUCCGGCGCAGGAAGAACAACCAGCAGGGGGCGCUGGUCCGGGACGAGGGGCUGCUGAAGGUGGCCGGGGCCCUGGUGGAGCGGGUCAACCACGCCCUGAGCUCCAUGGGUCUCCUCAACACCACCGCUGGCCCCGCUCCAACCUCUGCCCAUCCUAGUCCUGCCAUGGCAGGACUACGUUGACGUUAGCUACACGUUAGCUAAUACAACGUUAACGUUAGCUAACGCCUAUUUUAGAAAUGAGCAUGACUUUGUUACCAUCAGCAGAAGAAGGAUUACGACAAAGUAUUGCAAAGAAGUUUUUAAUUCACUGACUUAUUUUAUGAAAAUGAGUAUCUCCUGAGACGCUUUGCCAUCAGGCCCGGAACCUCCGCCAGACAACUGCCCUUUGACCUCGAUGCUCAACCCACACACUUACCUGGUAUGACAACAAGACAGGAAGUAAUUAAGACAGCAAAAAAGAUUAUCAAUCAGAUUAUUUUCAAUGCAAAUUCCGGCCUCUUCCAGGACAUUUGAUCAAUUUAUCCAUGUUUUCCAUGUUUUGAUAGCAAGCUUUUCAAAUCCAGGUUUUCCAGGACGCGUUGUAAUCCUGCGGGGGUCGCGGUGUUUGAAUGUGUGAAUGAAUGUGUGAAUGUUUUAUGCAGUUCUGAAAAGCACUGUUUAUUAUUUAUCCUAAUGAAUAUAAUUCAUGCUUAUCGACAUAAAACGACGAUCCCUCUCUUACCCCCAAACAGUUCCUCUAUUUGUAAAUUAUUCCACAUCCUAAAAAAAUUAAUUAAUCUCUUUGCACGUCACCUAUAAAGCACCCCUUGUACAUCA